AUGGAAAACGCUUCAACAUCUUUAGUUUUCACAACGGCAACUAUUCGGAUCAUUAGUUACUUCUUGCAUAGAUCUCAACUUUAUGAUACGAAAGCUGUUGAAGUAUUUCUAAAAAUUAUCGAAAAACAUCAAAAAAUGUUGAAAUUCAUCAAGGAACUCUCAAAACUGAUGGCAAUUUACGUUUUUAUCGAUUUCAUCAUCUACAGUGGAUUUUUGUGCGCACUUUUGUUCUAUAUAUCCAUCAAUUCAGAAUUAUCAGGAUCAUUGUUCAGAAGUAAUUGGUAUGUGCAAUCGAUGAAGUUGAGAAAAAUGUUUCUGAUGUUUAGUCAAACAAAUACGCCUCCAUUGCAGAUUAAAGCUUAUGGAUUGGUUAUGACAUUGGAAGUUUUUAGAAAUAUUUUGCGAGCUUCUUACAGUUAUUUUACGCUUUUGAAACAACUCAAUGGAUAA